CAAGCACACUGAUGAUAACGAAUCCAAAAGAGUACAAUGAAGGAGAGUACUUAUGUGAGGCAACGACACCACUUGGCAGCGACAGUGAUGCUCUCAUUUUAAACUUGUCCAUCCCAGAUCCACCUUCUUGGCUCAUCGUCGACCAAAACCAGACGACAUCUUCAACUCUCUUUGUUGCCUGGCAGCCAGGGUUCGAUGGUGGGUUUAACCAGACGUUCAAUCUGGAAUACUGUUCAAACGACACAGCAGCGGAGGAGGAAGAAUGUGGUGUUAUCACCAACCUGACACAACCACCCUUUACACUGGAUGGACUGAAAGCGUUCACAUGGUACCGGUUGGCACUGUGGGCAGAGAACAGAGCAGGGAACAGUAGCACUGUGACUGCAAUGGCUUCAACAGCUCCACUGCAGCCAGAGAACUAUGGCGUAAGCAUUACUCGAGUCGGGGUGGGACAAGUACUUCAUAUACAGAAAGCAAAUCAGUCGUUGGGUGAAGUUUGUUUUGUUUUGAAGUCCUCCAAUGAGAGCUGUGCUCUCCUGGAUAAAUCAAAGUGCAUUUACCCCACGAAAGGCAUUAAAGAGGUCAGCGUUGACGCGGUUGAUGAUGUUGUUGUGACCUACGGAAGAGGGUUAUGCAGUGAACCAGCUAAUAUAACAGAUCAACCUGGUCCGACAGUUCCAUCAAGUGAUCAAGGAACUCCUUACAUGAUAAUUGCUAUUGGUGUGAUUGCUUCAAUCAGCGUCAUCAUAGUAAUCUCACUUGGUCUCACGUACUUUUAUGGAUUGAUGUGCUGUACCAAACGGAAAAAAGCCAACCAAAAUGCAACUCAACAUCAAGACAGUAUGGAGGGACAAGGAAUCUAUACUGAACUCGCAAAGGACAGACAAUCGCACUCCUCGGGGCCAGGUACGAGCUACUACAUGGACCUAAAGCCUACCAAUCCUACAUCAACCGCCGUAGCAACCUCCGACGGCAGGGGAGAUCAUGACUAUGAUACGCCCAAUGUUUCUAAUACCGCAUAUAUGGAUGCAGACAGUAAAGACGAACACAGACCAAACCAUGACUACGUAAGCCCCAGUUCUUCUCCAAAGGGUUCUGAAAGUCAUUAUAUGAAUACCGACGGUAUGGUACUUGAGGGUGAGUCUGAUGGCCAUCAGUCCAUCAACCAUCUGUACACGGGAGAAGGAGAUGGAGAUGAGACUACGACUCACAUCUAUAUGGACAUGAAACCUAUGCAGAUGCCGUCAACUUCUCUUGGUGUGUCUUCCGUGGAAGAUGAUAUACCGGAUGAAGAAGUUGUGUAUGCCAACACAUGAUAAAUUAUAUAAAUUUGCCACUCAUGAAACCGGGGGAUAUUUUGUUCUUUCGUACGAAAAAAAAGUCGUUAAUCACCUAAGAUUUCCUCAAAAUGAAAGUAGGAACUCAAGUUAAAAUUGAAAAUAAGCCAUGCCUAAAACGAUAGAGAAAGGACAAUUUGUCAUAGAUCUAGAAAUCCCUUUAAUGCUCCAAAAGAGACACAAUAAAAACCUUUAGUUCAGUUUGUAUUGGUGGCAAAGUUUGUAAUAUUCAAUUCAGAAGUUCAGUAUAUUCCAUCCGUUUGUUUGAUUCGAUUCCUUCAUCUAUAUAUGCACGUUUGAUUCAAGUACCAUCCUCAAAUUUGAUGCUUCAUAUUUUAUCUUUAGGAUCUACAUGUAGUAUUUGUCUGAUUAAACACUUAAACACUUUUUUACACGUAUGAAUCACAUGCAUGUCAUGUAACUUUAUUAAAUUAAUGAUGAAGAAAAAUCCGUAUUAAUCGAAAAUAUUUUCCAGUGACAAAUACGUUUUCUACGCUUUUCCUGAUAAGAAGGAAACAAAUAUUAUGGCAUUGCUGUCAUUUAUUUAACACAUGCUUUCUGUACAUAAAUCCAUCGAUUGAACGUCUUCACCUAAGCGUUAAUUGAAUCAUGCAGAGUAUAAAUAUGUAUUUUGUUGUUGCACAUGUUUAAACAUGUACAUAUUUACUGAAGCACCAAAAUAUCUUGUCGAAUUAACAGACGAAUUUUUAAUUUUUUUUAUAUAUC